UCUGGUCCAUGGGUCAGACCUUUUCGUGACUACUGCAUCUUACAGCUCGGAUAAAAACACAUAGACUGACGCAUCAACGUUGAUACACCAUGCCGCAGAACGAAUACAUUGAAGAGCACAUUAGGCGCCAUGGUCGGCGGAUGGACCAUGAGGAGCGGAUGCGCAAACGCGAGGCGCGCUCGGUGCACAAAGCCUCUGCGGUUGCUAAGAAGACAAUCGGCCUGAAGGCCAAGAUGCUGAAUAAGAAGCGGAGAGCGGAGAAGAUUCAGAUGAAGAAGACGCUCAAGGCGCACGAGGAGCGCGAUGUCAAGCAAUCCACCGCCCCUGAGGAUCCCAACACCGCUCUGCCUACAUACCUGCUGGACCGCGAGAAUCAGAAGGACGCCAAGGCGCUGUCCAGCGCCGUUAAGGAGCGACGAAAGGACAAGGCAGCGAGAUUCGCAGUGCCGCUUCCACAAGUGCGCGGUAUUGCCGAGGACGAGGCCUUCAAGGUGAUGAAGACUGGCAAGCGCAAAGGCAAGGCGUGGAAGCGCAUGGUGACCAAAGCUACUUUCGUUGGGGAAGGGUUCACACGCAAGCCUCCGAAGCUCGAGCGUUUCGUCCGCCCAAUGGGUCUGCGAUUCAAAAAGGCGCACGUCACACAUCCCGAUCUGAAAGCGACGUUCCAGUUGCCCAUCAUCGGCGUUAAGAAGAAUCCGCAAUCGCCCAUGUACACGCAGCUUGGCGUCCUGACGAAAGGGACCAUCAUCGAGGUCAACGUCUCGGAGCUUGGGAUGGUCACGACCGGCGGGAAAGUCGUCUGGGGUAAAUAUGCACAGAUCACUAAUAACCCGGAGAACGACGGCUGUGUGAAUGGCGUGCUUUUGCUUUCCAAAUGAGCAGGGCCCGCAUGCUCUACUUGUUCGCCUUCCGCCCCGUAUCCUGCGCAUUGAGCCCUCCCUUAACCUCGUCCAUAUUCAGCAUAUCCCAUCCAAACGCUCCCGCAUCUGUAUUAUAUGUUGCAACACCAGAGGUUCCGUACUAACGCCU